AACUCCAGAGAUGCUACAGCACAGCGCAGGGCGGACUCGAGCUGCCUUCGGAGGCGUUGGUUUCUGUUUCUGUCUAUCUUACGCACUAUCUCCGCCCUCAAGAGACAGACUUCUCCGUUUACCGAGCACCUUUUUUCACGCACAUCAAAAUUAGGUGUGACGGACUGCAGGAGCGCAAAGGACACACACGGCGUUAAUAUAGCACCGGAUUCCCCUUAAUCGGUAUGAAUCUCUGGAUUGUGGGGACGUCGUUAUGCCAAGCGGGGUGAACUACAGCCGCUUUCCAAGAUUAAAUCACCCGAGCUAGAAGCAAGGAGCACAUCAAAAAAUGUGCAUGAAUCAGAUGUUCAGAUGCUGCUGCACAUCUUUGGGAUUUCACCAGUAAACACCUUUGGAAUGUUAAUUUUUUGCGCACAAUGUGCAGUAGCCUACGUUUGUGUGCUCAGAGUUGGCAUAGCCCGCAGGCAUCACCUUGAUAAUUAUCCUCAUUUCAAAAUCGGCAAUCAGCGUGAUUCGUGUGCAUCGUGCAGUAGUUGUAACCAUGCAGUAUCUGUGUUGUGUUGUUAAAUAUAUGUAAAGUGUUUUAAAUGUAAAUAUAAGUAAUAAAUGGUUAACUAAUUGGCUCUGUGGAUCGUUAGACCAAACGCGCUAAUAGGACUUCGUAUCAUUCCCACAUAAUAAGGCGACGCAGGGGCUGUUUGAAGUCACAUGUGCCCAGAACAAACAAUUAAGAUGACAAAAACCGUCCUCAGAAGAGAUUCUCUUUAUUACCGAGAAAGCUGCAUUGGUAUCACAUGUCAGUUCCUGUAUUGCAAUAGAGUUGGAGGACAGGGAGCAGAGGAAGAAGAGAGGGAGGAGAAGAAGCAGAGGAGAGCUGCUGAGCUGCACAACAGAGCCACUGCUGAUAGGCACGCUUUGGCUUCAGUGAUGGACUGAGGUGAAGGUGACGUGACACCCUGUGACAGCCAGCUUCACGUUUUCCUCAAGAGCCUUCACACUUGACAACGGCAUGGAUGGACACACUGCAGCAUAGCAAGUAAACCUGGAACCUCAGCCCCUUCCCAAGUGCCCUGGAAACCCACUGGAUUCUGUCUGCAACCACAGAUGUAACUAAGCUGUCAAGAUUUCUUCACCAGGAAGUCCUGUUAUUUUGGCUGCAUGGACACAUCUUCAAAGACGUGGCUGCCGCAUCAGAGUCAGUUUGGGUUGGUUGGUCAAGCGGAGGUUUGCUGUGGCGGACCUGGAGUUUUAACCCCAAACCAAUCUCGCAGGGCAAGUUUUGCCUCUGUAAGACAGUCAAGCAUGGAGACCCCUCCCAAUGCCACCCCACAGCCCUUUAGACAGCCGAGUUUUCUCAAUCGAAGGCUAAAGGGCUCCAUCAAGAGGGCCAAAAGUCAGCCCAAACUUGACCGGACCAGCAGCUUCAGACAAAUGAUUUUGCCCCGGUUUCGAAGUGCUGACCAAGAGAGGACACGCUUGAUGCAGAGCUUCAAAGAAUCCCACUCCCAUGAAUCCCUACUUUCUCCUAGCAGCGCUGCAGAGGCUUUGGACCUAGUUUUGGAUGAAGAUGCCAUAAUCAAACCUGUCCACUCUAGCAUUUUAGGACAAGAAUACUGCUUUGAGGUGACCACCAAUUCAGGGACAAAAUGUUUUGCCUGCCGUUCAGCUUCUGAGAGAGACAAGUGGAUUGAAAAUCUGCAACGCGCUGUCAAACCUAACAAGGACAACAGCAGACGAGUGGACAAUGUGCUCAAGUUGUGGAUCAUUGAAGCUCGAGACCUUCCGGCUAAGAAACGUUAUUAUUGUGAGCUGUGUCUGGAUGACAUGCUGUACGCGCGCACCACAAGCAAACCCCGGACCGACACCGUCUUUUGGGGCGAGCAUUUUGAAUUUAACAAUUUGCCUACCAUUCGUAGCCUUCGUUUGCACCUCUACAAGGAAACUGACAAAAAAAGACGCAAGGAGAAAAGCACAUAUCUUGGCCUUGUCAGCAUCCCCAUCUCCAGCAUCACUGGGCGGCAGUUUGUCGAGCAGUGGUACCCGGUGGUACAGUCCAGUGUCUUGGCCAAAAGCGGUGGUGUUGGAAGUACCAAAGUGAUCAACGCCUCCCUACGUGUCAAAUCUCGCUACCAGACAAUGAACAUUCUUCCAAUGGAGCUGUACAAGGAGUUCGCUGAGUACAUUACCAACAACUACCGAACACUGUGUGCAGUUCUGGAGCCGCUGUUGAGUGUGAAAAGCAAAGAGGAGGUGGCGUUCGCUCUGGUGCACAUCCUGCAAAGCACAGGAAAGACAAAGGAGUUCCUGUCUGACAUGGCGAUGUGUGAGGUGGAUCGGUUCAUGGACCGUGAGCACUUGAUCUUUCGUGAGAACACGCUAGCUACAAAGGCUGUGGAAGAGUAUCUCAAACUGAUAGGUCACAGAUACCUUAAGGAUGCUAUAGGUGACUUCAUUCGAGCCUUAUAUGAGUCUGAGGAGAACUGUGAGGUGGAUCCCAUGCGUGUCCCGCCGUCAGUCCUCGCUGACCAUCAAGCCAACCUACGAAUGUGUUGUGAGCUGUUACUCUGCAAGAUCAUCAACUCUCUCUGCAUAUUUCCCCGGGAGCUGAAGGAAGUUUUUGCCUCAUGGAGAGCCAGAUGUGCUGAGCGUGGAAGAGAGGAUCUCGCCGACAGCCUCAUCAGCUCCUCCCUAUUUCUUCGCUUCAUGUGCCCAGCCAUCAUGUCCCCCUCCCUGUUCAACCUAAUGCAGGAGUACCCCGCUGAGCGCACGUCCCGCACACUCACGCUCAUAGCCAAGGUGAUGCAGAACCUGGCCAGCUUCAGCAAAUUUGGACCCAAGGAGGAAUACAUGUAUUUCAUGAACGAGUUCCUGGAGAUGGAGUGGGGCUCCAUGCAGCAGUUUCUCUAUGAGAUUUCCAACAUGGACGCCGGAGGAAACGCUGGAGGGUUUGAGGGCUACAUUGACCUCGGUAGAGAAUUGUCCAUGCUCCACAGCUUGCUGUGGGAAGUCAUGGGCCAGCUUAGCAAGGAUGCUAUUCUCAAACUCGGACCCCUACCACGGCUGCUGAAUGACAUCAGCGUCGCCCUGAGGAACCCGCAGCUCCACAUGCCUACAAAUCACCAGCCGGACCGACCAAAGGACAGACUCUUCUCACGGCCAUCUUUCAAUCGUCUCAUGUCCUCUGACUUCCAAAGCCUUAUGAUGCGUGACUUAAACAGUUCAAUAGACAUCUCUCGCCUCCCAUCCCCUACGACUGGAGUCUCGGCUGUAGAAUCCCUCUCAUCGAAUCUGAACAUGAGGCGUCACGCAGAACGAGACCUCCGCUCGUCAAGGGAAGUGUUCUACGUGACCCGUCCACCACUGGCUCGAUCCAGUCCUGCAUACUGCACGAGCAGCUCGGACAUCACUGAACCAGAUCCAAAGGUCCAUAGUGUGAACAAAAGUGUGUCCAUGAUGGAUCUUCAGGACUCCCGAAUGAACAGCAUUUCCAACCUGAACUCUGUGGGAGACAUGCUCACCUCCUCUCAAGCCUCCAUCGCCGGCCUGGGCCACAGCUUCGGAAACCUCUGUGGUCCUCUUCGUAUGGGAGGGCAUAUGCCAGCAGGCUCAGCUGGCUCAGGUUUGAGGCUGAGCCAGAUGGGCCACAUAGGGGGGCCCACCGAAUCCAUCUCUCAACAGCAGCAGCAGGCAGCAGCGGCCAUGCACUUCCCCCUGUCUUUCCAGAACCCGCUAUUCCAUCUGGCUGCCCAGAACUCCCCAGCUCAGUCUCAAUCUCAGCCUCAUCCCCCUCCUCUCCUCCUCGCCCCCGAGCCCGAGAAUGGCCACCACGACUAUGCACCGGCCUUUGGCAACAGUGCUUUCUCCCGCAGCGAGGAUUUAUCCGCCCUGCGGUCACAAAGCAGUCUGGUGCAGCCCAGCAUUGUCCACUCACACAGUUACAGUGAUGAUUUCACCCGGCAGAAUCAGAGCAAUGACUACGCUUGGCACCAGCUGUCACUGCAGGUGCAGGAGUCUCUCCAGCAGCAGCACCUGAUGGGAGUCGUAUCUCAGACAGCCACUGGGACGGGCACCCCUGCCUCCUUGGCCACACCACCUACUACAGUGCACCCAAGCCGCCAGUCAUCCAUGGCUCCUCCACAACAUCUCAAGUCACAGCGAUCCAUUAACACUCCAGCCACCGCCACGCCACCAAAGGUUCGCCCGCAGAGCAGGAACCUCCUCCUCGACUCUUCUGACACAAACUUCAGCGGCAGUCAGCCGAAAUCGCGCCAUUCUCAGCAGCCGCCACAACAUCAGCAGCAGCAGCAACAACAUCAGCAACAUCAGCCGCCACAACAUCAGCAGCAGCAACACCAACAGCAGCAACACCAACAGCAGCAACACCAACAGCAGCAACACCAACAGCAGCAACACCAACAGCAGCAACAUCAACAGCAGCAACAUCAACAGCAGCAACAUCAACAGCAGCAACAUCAACAGCAACUUCAGCAGCAACAACAGGAAUCCCAGCUGUCAGUGACAGACAGUCCAGCUCCCGGACUCCCGUAUCAGACGAGCUCCGCUAAAGAGAACCCGGGCGCACAGGCAGCUGCAGAGGAGUCAACAGACACGCCCACAAAAAGCACCAAGAAGUCUCAACAGACACAACUGCAGCCGCCACAGCAGCAUCUGCUCAAACCAGGCAAUAAACAGAGUUCUCCAUCGACCCUGAGCACCCCGGCCCUCAAUGAACGGACAGUCGCCUGGGUGUCCAACAUGCCACAUCUCUCUGCUGACAUAGAAAGCCUGCGGCCGGACCGUGAGGGUCAGCUGAAAGAGUACUCCAAGAGCAUGGAUGAGUCACGAUUAGAGAGGGUAAAAGAGUACGAAGAAGAGAUAUAUUCCUUGAAGGAGCGGCUGAAGAUGUCUCAUCGCAAGCUUGAAGAAUAUGAGCAGAGACUUGCGUCGCAGGAACAGCAGACAAGCAAGAUCCUAAUGCAGUAUCAGAACCGCCUGGAAGACAGUGAGCGCCGUCUAAAGCAGCAGCAAGUUGAAAAGGACUCACAAAUUAAAGGCAUCAUCAACAGACUCAUGGCUGUGGAAGAUGAGCUGAGAGGGGGUGCCAUACCUGAUAUUAAGCCUCGAAUCCUCACAGACCAGUCUUUCAACCAGGGCUAUGGCCACCCCGGAUCCUGACUGUCAAUUCCAAAGUGACCAGAGUUCAUGAUGGUCACUCGCGUGUAAGAAGACUGAUUCAGAUCCUACAAAACCCAUGAAGAGAAGCUCUGCAGUGGAUCCAGCAGGACCACUGGAGGCUUCAUCUCACAACUUUCUUAAAAAACUUUGCACAUAUUCGAACUUUGCCUGUACCAGAACUUGACAAUCAGUUUAGCGUGAGGACCAAUGUGUGCAGUGAAUCGUCUGCACAUUUUGACAAAUGUAAGCCAAUGCCACAACAAUGGCAAUACUGAACCUAAUGAGUUUCUUUAUUUAAUCGGAAGAAGUGAGAAGAGAUGUGUUAAACACUAGGAAUGACGAUGGAUUCAGGAUUUCCCCCGCGACAAGCAGCACAAUCGCUUCUCACUUAAGCGGCUGCAGACAAAAUGUAGAAAAGGCUUUUACAAGCACAAUAUCCCCUCAUGGUGACGCCUGUGACAAGCAACAAGCAUGUUGUUAAUCAGUUGCCAUCUAUGAUCCUCGGAUGCAGAGCCCAAGCAAAGACCCAUAUUACUAUUUGAUUCUGAAUGAAUCAUUUAGUAACAUAUUCUCUUUGCAAAGGUAUUUUUACUUACAAAAGUUGCUUAUCAUUAUGAUUUUUGCAUCCUUUAUAGUACAGCCAUCCCAUUUGAAUAGAUGCCAAACAAAUCUUACAAUCAACUAACUGCUUUACAAACAAUCUAAACCUUCUCGUCAGUUGAUUUUCCUUUGGCACUCAGUGUAAAGCCAGAACAAAAGUCUCUUGACUUUCAGUGUAUAGAAGAAGUAUUUCUUAAAACUACUAAACCUUUUAAAAAAAUGAAAUACUUUACAUAAGUAAUCCGACAUCAUAAUGUGUUUUGUUCACUUUGUAAUAAUAAUAUUAAUCAUAAUAAAGAAUAUAUGACAUUUCAAAACGGUGAUACAAAGUGCUUUUUAAAAGACCUGACAUGAAAGAAACAUCUCAUGUAAGAAAAUAUUGAAUUUAAAGGGGAACUCAACCGAUUUUACGGAGUACAGUACUUGUACUACAGUACUCAGCCUAUGAAAACAGUUUUAUUUCUCAGCUUGGGCUUGGAGUCUCCAAAUUUAUAACACAAAGAGUGCAUUACAAACAGGGGGUGUGGAGUUUGACAGACAUGGGCAUUAACCAAGGAGGGAUGAAAAGAUGCUAUUGGUUGCAUUAUGGGAAAUGUAGGGUUGAGCAUAAGGCUCUAUUUACACCUGGUAUAAGCAUGUGAUCUCUAUCUGGAUACAUUAUCUGGAUAAUGGCAUCCAAUCCAUGGGCCUUUGCAUUUACACCUGGUAUGCUAAGCUCUGCCAUGAAUGGGUAUUACUAAUUUACUUUUUGCAUGGGAAGACUCACUAGCUACUGCUACUACUUGUUUCAUUUUUUUCUUAAGAAUAUGGUCACACUAUAUGGAUAUCAUUGACACCUGAUUAGGAUCUGAUCAUUUUGCAAGUCUUACCCCCAACAGAUGUGGUCUGGACAAUCUGAUCACUUUCCGAUAAUGUGCAUUUACACCUUGUGUUUUUCCAUACCCUGAAAAGACAUCCAGAUACAGAUUGCAUGUUAAUUCCAGGUGUAAAUGGUAUCUAAGAGUCUGGAUAUUUUGGCAUAUCUCAGCUGCUUUGAUUUAGAUCAUUUUUAUAAUCUGUCUCUUACAGUACAAGACCUCUAAUGCCAUUUUUCCACUGCAUGGUACGGCUCCACUCGCUCUUUUUUGGUUUUCCAUUUGCAAAGGUUGUGGAUAGUAUCUGGUACUUUUUUUUGGUACUGCAGACCACUGAUUGUCAGAGAGAACCGUCACUAGCGCAACACAGGACAUCCUGCACAAACCCCUGAAUUUAAAUUUUUAAAGUCAUAAAGUCUCAGCGAAUGGCGAUCGGCAGAUAAUCCUGCCUACACUGAGGGUGUACUAUCUGUAGUGGAAAACGAAAAGAGAAAAGUACAGGUACCAAAAAAAAGUAGAGUCUACCAGAGCUCCCUCCCCCCUUUAUAUACAUUUUUGUUUCUAUUUAACAUUGUCUUUAAGAAAGGUGAUCAGAAAUAUCUGAAAGAUGAUUAGCUCCUCAAGAAGCAACAUCAGGGCUCCAGCUCAUAUUUAGUUUACAGUUGUUACAUCUAAGAGACUAGCUUUAGACUUAGUCUAAAGCCAAUCUAAACUAACCAAGCCUGAAAAGUAAUAAAUCGACCUGGAAAU